AAAGAUAAGGACCUUUUAGCAAUCCAACUCAUAUUUAUACUCAAGUUUGCAGCUCAUGAAACUCAAGCCACCAGCACCUUUCUCUAAGUCUUCACUGUACUAUUGUUCCUUUCAAUAGCUUUCAUUACUAGUGCGCAAUGGCUGCCUCAGCAAUGGCUCUCUCUUCCCCGUCUCUGGCCGGAAAGGCGGUGAAACUUUCGCCAUCUGCCCCGGAGCUCCAAGGAAAUGGAAGGGUAGCGAUGAGGAAAACCGGGGUCAAGCCCUCUGGCAGCCCAUGGUAUGGCCCAGACCGUGUCAAGUACUUGGGUCCACUCUCUGGUGAGCCUCCAAGCUAUCUCACUGGUGAAUUCCCUGGUGAUUAUGGGUGGGACACUGCUGGACUUUCAGCUGAUCCGGAAACCUUUGCCAAGAACCGUGAGCUUGAGGUGAUCCACUGUAGAUGGGCCAUGCUUGGAGCUCUUGGAUGUGUUUUCCCCGAGCUCUUGGCACGCAAUGGCGUUAAGUUCGGUGAGGCCGUGUGGUUCAAGGCAGGAGCCCAAAUCUUCAGUGAGGGUGGACUUGACUAUUUGGGCAACCCAAGUUUGAUCCAUGCUCAGAGCAUCUUGGCUAUUUGGGCUUGCCAAGUUAUCUUGAUGGGCGCUGUUGAGGGAUACCGUAUUGCUGGUGGGCCACUCGGCGAGGUGACCGACCCGCUUUACCCGGGUGGAAGCUUCGACCCAUUGGGCCUUGCUGAAGAUCCUGAGGCAUUUGCUGAGCUGAAGGUGAAGGAGAUUAAGAAUGGUAGACUUGCCAUGUUCUCCAUGUUUGGAUUCUUUGUCCAGGCCAUUGUGACUGGAAAGGGUCCAUUGGAGAAUCUUGCUGACCACCUUGCUGACCCUGUCAACAACAAUGCUUGGGCUUAUGCCACAAACUUUGUCCCAGGAAAGUGAGUGUGAGUAAAAGUAAGAGUAAGAGUAAGGGGUUGUGACUCCCAUGUAAAUGUUUAAUUCAUUGUCAUUUGUGUGUGCAUUUAAGAGUGGUGUGUCCUUCCUUUUCUCCCCUCUUCGGGAGGACUCAACUCGUUGAGCUUUGGUGACGUCCUCGACAUUCAUGUACUUAUGUGUCAUUUAAUUUAUAACUUGUGUAUUUCAAAUAAUGAUAUGUUUGGUCAUUUUCAUAAAUACUCUAUUUAUUACCUUAUAUCUAUAUCUGAUCAUAAAAUUUUUUUGUUACUUAUUCAACUUUAUGCAAAUGUUUUACUUUACAC